AUGUCGACGCUAGCUGCAGCACUAUCUGUUGCGGGAACAAGACAUUCUGGAGCCCCAGUUCGUACACAAAAUGUAAUGGCAGCAGCCUCAAUAGCUAAUAUAGUGAAGAGCUCACUAGGUCCCGUGGGCUUGGACAAAAUGAUGGUAGAUGAUAUUGGAGAUGUAACAGUCACUAAUGAUGGAGCUACCAUUCUCAAAAUGUUGGAAGUAGAACAUCCAGCGGCUAAAGUGCUCGUAGAGUUAGCCCAGUUACAGGACGAGGAGGUCGGAGAUGGUACCACCUCGGUCGUUAUCAUUGCUGCUGAACUCUUGAAGAAUGCCGAUGAACUGGUCAAGAACAAGAUUCAUCCUACAAGCAUUAUCUCGGGCUACAGACUAGCUUGCAAGGAAGCCGUGAAAUAUAUUCAAGACAAUUUGACUGUAACCGUGGAGUCUAUCGGCCGAUCAUCAAUCAUCAACGCCGCUAAGACCACCAUGUCUUCAAAACUCAUCGGAGCUGAUGCAGAUUUCUUCUCGGAAAUAAUAGUAGAUGCUGCUCAAGCUAUCAAAGUAACAGAUCCCAAAGGCAAUGCCGUAUACCCAAUAAAAGCUGUGAACAUUCUCAAAGCCCACGGCAGGAGUGCAAGGGAGAGUGUGUUGAUUAAGGGUUACGCUCUCAACUGUACUGUGGCUUCACAAGCAAUGCCCAAGAAAAUUGUUAACGCUAAGAUUGCCUGUCUCGAUUUUUCACUACAGAAGACCAAAAUGAAGAUGGGUGUGCAAGUUCUUGUAUCAGACCCAGAAAAACUUGAAGCUAUCCGAGCUCGUGAGCUUGAUAUCACAAAAGAAAGAUUACACAAGAUUCUAUCGACUGGAGUGAAUGUUAUCUUAUGUACUGGAGGUAUAGACGACCUCUGUCUCAAAUACUUUGUGGAAUGCGGCGCUAUGGGCGUGAGACGCUGUAAGAAAGCAGAUUUGAAGAGAAUUGCUAAGGCCACUGGAGCUACAUUCCUGACUUCAUUGACUAAUAUGGACGGUGAGGAGGUGUUUGAGCCGAGCAUGAUUGGUGAAGCUGCUGAGGUGGUCCAGGAACAGAUUUGCGACGAUCAGCUGAUACUCAUUAAGGGGCCAGCAUCUCGUACAGCCGCCUCAAUAAUACUCCGUGGACCAACAGAUGCGUAUUGUGAUGAGAUGGAACGAUCAGCUCACGACGCCUUGUGUGCCGUACGUAGGGUGUUGGAAUCAGGCCGAGUGGUGCCCGGCGGAGGAGCCGUAGAAGCAGCCCUGUCUAUAUACCUGGAUAACUUCGCUACUACACUGAGUUCCCGAGAGCAGCUAGCAAUCGCGGCCUUCGCACAAUCAUUACUCGUUAUACCGAAAACGCUGGCCGUUAAUGCUGCGAAGGACGCCACAGACUUGGUCGCUAAACUACGAGCAUACCACAACUCCUCACAGACUAAGGUGGAACACGCGAACCUCAAAUGGGUUGGUUUAGACCUGAUCGAGGGCAGUCUCCGUGACAACUUGAAUGCCGGAGUGUUAGAGCCAGCGAUAUCUAAGAUUAAAUCAUUGAAGUUCGCCACAGAAGCAGCCAUCACCAUCCUACGUAUAGAUGACAUGAUCAAAUUAGACCCGGAACAGAAAGGAAAGAGUUAUGAAGAUGCCUGUAAUGCCGGGGAACUCGAUUAG